AUGGAUUCUAGUGCAUCUUUCCAUGCUUCUCCUUACAAGGACUUGAUGAAAAAUUUUAGAACCGAGAAUUUUGGCAAAGUUCGUCUAGCAAAUGAUGAAGCUUUAGACAUCAUAGGAAUGAGAGAUAUAAAUCUUAGAACUUCUGCGGGUACAAUAUGGACGCUAAAGGACGUUAGAUAUAUUCCAAGACUCGAGAGAAUGUUAAUCUCUAUGGGUAUGCUGGAUGUUCAGGGAUAUCGAGUUACAUUUGGAGAUGCAAUGCCUAAGGCUAAGGUUCAUGUUUCCCUCCUUCGCCUAAUCCUCUCUCGUCUGGUCUUCUCAACACUGUUCAUCAUCCACCACUCCCUAGCUGACGUUGGCACUGCAGCCAAAUAUGGCCCUCCCUUUCUGCCCACAGCGUGUUUCGGUAGAGACGCAUCGCAGUUCCCCUCGAGUAACAUGUUCGCUGCGGCAGGGGAAGCUAUAUGGGACAACGGUGCCGCGUGUGGGAGGCAGUAUCAGCUGCGCUGCAUCAGCGCCGUCGCUCCUGGAACUUGCACUCCUGCCCAGACGAUUCAGAUCAAGAUUGUGGAUCGAGCGCAAUCAACGGUUUCCAGGCCUUCCCUAGGGGGAACUACCAUGGUCCUCUCCACCACUGCCUUCCAGGCCAUCGCAAAUGUUUCUGCGUCCUUCGUUAACGUAGAAUACCAGCAGGUUUGAAAAUGGGAAGCAGCUCUUGGAUUUGGAUGGCAUUAUGCAAAGGGAAUGAGAAGCCAGGCAAAGUAGUUGCUCCCAAAAUUAGUGUCUAUAAUGAUUGCCUUUUGUUCUUAAGUAUAUGAUCAAAUGCCAAGUUUUUUAAAAAAUAAAGUUAAGCCGGUUAAAUUUA